GUCUUGAAGAAAGACGUGAUCCUGCAGGACGACGACGUGGACUGCACUCUGACGGAGAAACGCAUCCUGGCCCUCGCUCGGAAACACCCGUGCCUUACCCAGCUGUUCUGCUGCUUCCAGACCAAGGACCGCCUGUUCUUCGUGAUGGAAUACGUGAACGGAGGCGACCUGAUGUUUCAGAUCCAGAGAUCGAGGAAGUUCGACGAGGCCAGAUCUCGUUUCUACGCCGCCGAGGUCACGUCCGCUCUGAUGUUCCUGCACCGGCACGGAGUCAUAUACAGAGACCUGAAGCUGGACAACAUCCUGCUGGACGCCGAGGGUCACUGCAAGCUGGCUGACUUUGGGAUGUGUAAAGAGGGAAUCCUGGAGGGAGUCACCACCACCACCUUCUGUGGGACGCCUGAUUACAUCGCUCCUGAGAUCCUCCAGGAGCUGGACUACGGGCCCUCGGUGGACUGGUGGGCUCUCGGGGUCCUGAUGUACGAGAUGAUGGCGGGCCAGCCUCCGUUUGAAGCCGAUAACGAGGACGACCUGUUCGAGUCCAUCCUCCAUGACGACGUCCUGUACCCCGUGUGGCUCAGCAAGGAGGCCGUGUCCAUCCUCAAAGCGUUCAUGACGAAGAGUCCUACUAAGCGUCUGGGCUGCGUCCCGGCUCAGGGUCUGGAGGAGGCCAUCAAGAUCCACGUGUUCUUCAGAGAGAUCGACUGGACGCUGCUGGAGCAGAGGAAGAUCAGACCUCCGUUCAAACCUCGCAUCAAAACCAAAAGGGAUGUGAAUAACUUUGACCAGGACUUUACUCGCGAGGAACCCAACCUGACGCCGACGGAAGAAAACAUCAUCAAGCAGAUCAACCAAGAUGAGUUCAAAGGGUUCUCCUACUUUGGAGACAAAACUGUGUGUGUGUGUGUGUGUGUGUGUGUGUGUGUGUGUGUGUGUGUGUGUGUGUGUGUGUGUGUGUGUGUGUGUGUGUGAGAGAGAGAGAGCAAUAAUGUGAGUGUAAAGGUGCAUGCAUGCAUAGUUGCAUACCUGUAGAAAGACGUUCUUGUCCUGUGUCUCCGUGUUUUAAAAGAAUGUUUUUGUUCCUUCAACUUGUAUGUGAAUAAAAAAAAAAUGGAACCAAUGAUUGUAUUUAAAGAAAGAAAGGAAGGAGAUGUCAAAAUGAGUUGUAAGAUGUUUUUUCCCCGGGUGAAAUCACGAUUGAAUUCAAAGUUUUAUAAAUGUUUUUAUUUUGAAAUGUAGUAUUAAAACUGUUAGGUAAAGAAGACGCACCACGAAGCGACUUCCUGACGCAUUUAGAAUUCUUAGUUUGGUUUUAUCUCAUCAAGGUUAUGUGCACUGUUUUCCUUCUGUCUUCAAAUGUUAGCUUGUUCCCAUUCUUCACAAGCCAAAUGCUACACUUAGCCGUCAGCUAAAGGACCUUUAAGACCAGAUGACAGGAAGUGUUCAAAUGCUCACUCAUUUCUGGGUUUUAGGACUCGUUCCUGCACCACUCUGCGAACAAGCCCCUUUAACGUGUGUCUUGAUGUUUGACGGGGGGACAUUUUAUCCAAUGAAGCCAAAAACAAUGAACUGAAACCUAAACAUGUCAAAGGAGCCCUUUAAAAUGUUUUACUGAAACUCUCUCUUCAGCAAAAUGUCUCCAGAUCCCUACAACCCUUCAUGACCACUAACUCAUUGAAAUGCCCUCGUGUGUGUGUGUGUGUGUGUGUGUGUGUGUGUGUGUGUGUGUGUGUGUGUGUGUGUGUGUGUGUGUGUGUGUGUGUGUGUGUGUGUGUGUGUGUGUGUGUGUGUGUGUGUGUGUGUGUGUGUGUGUGUGUGUGUGUGUGUGUGUGUGUGUGUGUGUGUGUGUGUGUGUGUGUGUGUGUCACUGUGUUUAUGGUUGGACCUACAGUCUCUGAUUCCACAUGAGUGUUGAGAUGUACAUUACACAGAGGUCAGUGUGAACACAUGUGACCGUGUGUGUUCAACUGAAUGCUUGUUUGCGUGUGUGUGUGUGUGUGUGUGUGUGUGUGUGUGUGUGUGUGUGUGUGUGUGUGUGUGUGUGUGUGUGUGUGUGUGUGUGUGUGUGUGUGUGUGUGUGAGAGCUCUCUUCAUGUUGUCAUCAUGUUGUAUUUUUUAUUUAAAUCAUAUUUUUGUCGUGUUGUUUUUUAUUCAAUUGUCUAGUUCUUGUGUUAGAAAUGUUUAUGAGACUCAAGUCUUUGUUAAAACACUGAUAUGGAGGUUAAAUAAACUGUGUGUUGAUGCAUGUUGCAGGUCAUGUUAAGAACUUAUUAAACAAUACAAACAUCGUAAA